GAACAGAGCUUCCGCGAUCGGCCGGUGCACGCUGAGCCGCAGCUGCGUGUUUCUGCAGGCCUGGUCUGAUCCACUGUAACACCGGGGAAGAGCAAUGAAUUCAUUAGAGCAAGCUGAAGACUUAAAGGCUUUUGAGAGAAGACUGACAGAGUAUGUGUCUUGUUUGCAGCCGGCCACAGGCCGUUGGCGUAUGAUUCUUAUUGUGGUGUCUGUGUGCACAGCAACGGGAGCCUGGAAUUGGCUGAUAGAUCCAGACACUCAGAAAGUUUCUUUCUUCUCAUCAUUAUGGAAUCAUCCGUUUUUCACAAUCAGCUGUGUGACUCUCAUUGGCCUGUUCUUUGCUGGAAUACACAAACGGGUUGUCGCGCCAUCAAUUAUUGCAGCACGCUGCCGGACAGUACUAGCAGAAUAUAACAUGUCCUGUGACGAUACGGGGAAACUUAUCCUGAAGCCUCGGCCUCAUAUUCAAUAGCACCUUGAAGAAAGAGAGUGGAGAGUAUUUCAUAUCAUAUUAUUAAUCACCAAGAUUGCACAAGGACCUCAGUGCCAGGAGAUUAUCCAAAGUGUGAGGGGGUCAGUCUUACAAACAGAACUCUUAACUUCCCUCUGCAAUUUAUGUUGAUGUAAUGGGAGCUCAUUAGGAAAUGCCUCUCUUGAAGAAAAAAACAAACAAAAAAACAUUAUUUCUGCAAUUUUAGAUAACAUCAUUAUCCUCAACUUCUUAUUUUUCUGUUGGAAAAUGUGUUUUAAUCAAUUGUGGAUUUUGACAUCCUUGUUUCUAAUGCCAUGAUCAUAUUUUAGAUGAAUAUGGUGUUUGUAUUUUUAAGCAAAUUGCUGAACACAAAAUAAAUAUACAAGUGUAGAUAUUUUUUCAACUUAAGCAGAUUUUUUACAUAUGGACAAUAUUUUGCAGUGUUAUACCUAUGACAUGAUGCGGCGCUUUUUGUUGUUUUAAAAGUACUUUUAUGUGACCAAAGGCUGCACUAGUUGUGUAACUUAAAAGGGAAACAGGCAAUUGCAUCUCAAGUCAGUGUCAUGGUUGACCAAGAUUUUAUUUACUCUCACUCCAGAACAAAAAAUUAAAUGAAAACAUUUAAGUGAGUGGUGUUGGCAAUAAUAAAACUUUGUGUGUUGCACAGAGUUUGUCUUAUCACCAUAACUGGCAUAUAUACUAGUACAUAACACUAAUAAUUGAACCAUUUAUGCCUGAUUUUAUAGAGAGGUUGUCACUAUACCUUUGUUAUUUCAUAUUGGAACUUCUUUUUAAGUGGUAAGGUGACAUGGUGGAAAAAAGUGUGGUUACUACUCCAGAAGUACUGUAUUAGAAAUAAAGUUAAACAAGGUGUCUUUUCAAUUUACACAGAUGUAAUCCAGCAAAUCAUUAUUUACAGAAAUGUAUAUAUACAAAACAGAUCUAUGUACUGUAUAUAAUUGUGUUUUCUGUAAUAAUUACCAUGAAACUACUUUACCUUUUUUUGUACUGCACUCAUCAAGUUACACUGCUGUACUGGUUAAUUGUGCUGUUUGGCUCCACUGGUUAUCCAGUGGAUGAUGAAAAAACAUUUUCUAUAAUUUUUCUUGUUUUAAUACAUUAACAUUUUUAAUGAAUAGUUACAAAAAUAAUUUGUAAGUUGUACAGUAUGAAGUUUUAAUUUAUAUAUGUACUUUGUAUUUUGUCUUAUUAGUAACCUAUUAUACAUUUCCCCUGGCCUUUUUUCCCUUUGUUUGGAUUAAUUUGAUAAGAAGUUUAUUGCAUUACAAAUUAUAUAUAUUUAUGCAUUAUAAAAAAAUGUAUAAUGUUGGUGUUUAUUGAAUAAAAAGACUACUAGUA